AUGUUAGGUAUACUUGUAUUUCUAGGUGUCCCGACAUUGUUUUAUUGGAGCGGGUAUGAUUUGACACAGAUAGGUGUUGACUCUCAAUACCUCAACCUCGAAAUCAUCUACGACUAUUACUCAGGUACAAAUACAAAUACAAGGCCUCAUAACAGAUGUCACGGUGAAGGUAGGAUCGUAGGUGGGGUACCGGGUUUUUACGUCUUUGAUAAGAUCUGGUAUAAAUCUGGAGAAUUCUAUAUCUUUACGGAUCAACCUGAUCAAAUCACCUUACCACUCUUGACCGCUAUAUCGAGUGGAUCAAACCCUAUACGUAUCAGACCUUCAUCUGAAUCGCCUGUUCUUCAAUCAAGUAAACAACGUAAGGCUCAUAAAGAGCGGAAAGAGGUAAUGAGAUGUUAUUUGGAUGAGACAAUAUGGAUGAAUACUGGUGUUCCAUCAUUCUCUGUACCUCUUGAUGAUCCAUUGAAUUCGGUAAUGGAACCUUUGGUAGAGGAAGACGGUCUGAAUCGAAGAUCAAGAAUAGCCAAACAGUUCAAUUGGGAAUUUCACCAUUAUCAUUUCCUUGCUGAAUCGUUGUUAGGAAUAGCAUCUUUGGAAAUCACUCGACAUAUAUAUGGUCACCCAUCGAUAUCACAAGAAGGGAAAGAUGUCGAUCAACAACAAGCGUUACAUGAUGUUACAGGACAUCAGUAUGGGUAUGAUGUAGAUCGAGAGAUGAUCGAUAAACAGUGGUUAGUUAUUCCGUGGGAAGAAGAGUGGAAAGAUCAAUAUGGAUUAAAUGAACCUAUAGUCAGUGGACUGUUCCAUAAUCAUUUUGUGGAUAGUCGAAAAUGGAACGAGACUACUCUUGACGAUAACUGGAUAGGCUUUGAGAGAGUGGUCAUAGUCGAUCGGUGGUCUUCACAAAUGCACAAUCCCCAAGCUAUUCAAUGGAACAAAAUGGCUUUAGAUAUAUUCAACCUACUCCCAUCUUCGUCUGCUUCGUCACAGUCCCUGGAAGUUGAACCCAUGUUCUCACCUUAUCGAGACAAGUUUUUGGAUUAUAUGGAUAUUCAAAGUCUUCAUCGAUCGAAAGCAGGAACGGCUCUACAUCCUUUACCCAAGAUCGUGUAUGUUGAUAGACAAUCAUCCUCUCGAACGCUGUUACCGGAUGAUCACGAGGGUUUGAUAGGUAUCUUGGAUGACUUGACGGAGAAAGGUAUAGCAGAAUGUGUGGUGGGUAAAUUGGAGGAAAUGAAAUAUAAAGAUCAAAUCGGGUUGUUUGCCGAUGCUGAUAUUAUCAUUGGUGUACAUGGGAAUGGAUUGACUCAUCAGAUGUGGAUGGCUCCAGGGGGGAUGGUCAUCGAAAUAUUCCCUCCAGGAGUGUUUUUGAGAGAUUAUCAGUUGAUAGCUCAAGUAGUAGGACACGAACAUAUAGCUAUUCUGAAUAGCCGGAUAUACACUAGACAAGAAUGGGAGAACGAACCUGAUAAAUUACUAGCAUCUCAUCCGGACGAAGCGAAUGAUCGGAAUAUCACUUUAAGUCAAGGAUUCAUCGAAGAUCUGUUGUACCUCAAAGCGAAUUAUCAAGUUGAUGUUGUAAAAUAG